AUGUUUUUGCUUCAUCGCUCAUUUUUCAUGUCCUAUUGGCAGCCUCCACCGUCACCCCCAAAGCCGCCUUCACCGCCCCCACCGCCGCCAACCUUCAGCUUUAGCGUCACCGUCGAGUUUACUUCCAUCUUCCCCUGGCUAGGCAAGCCUGACCGCCAGUUCGGUCGCGACGUCAACUGCACUGAGCUAGCGGACCUCAUUUCCACGGAUCUCACUACCGCAGCCACACAAGCCCAGACCAGCUUCCUGAUCCCGCUUCAGGUCAACACAUGCAACAACAGUCGCUUUGUCAUGAGCGGUGCAAUUGCCCGAGAUUGGUCUGCUUGCUUGGAACUGGAUACCCUAAUCAAUGACCGCAUGCUGCCAUACCCCAGCAACUUCAUCACGAAUAACCCGGAGUACUUGCAUAGCUUUAAUGUAGCAGUUUCAGUUUGCGGUUUGGUUUUAUCCUAUGUGCCGCCCGGUGGUAUUUGCAAGGGCUCCAUGUCAAGAGCAGUGACUAACUAGGCUAGCUAGUAGUGCGCUGUAUUGGUGACGGAGUAUGUAUGUAUGUAUGUAUGUAUGUACGUAUGUAGAUCGACGACACUGCUGCAGACGGGCGCAUUCUAAUGACGCCCUUGGGCUCGCUGUGUGUGGUGGGGCUCCUGACUUGAGGUUGCGAAGUGUACGGCAUAGGUUGCUUAAUAAGCUUACUGACGGGGAGACGAACGACUGCGGCUCUGCAGGACCGGAUUCGGGGACGUUGGCGAUAUGUAAAACUGUAAAAGGUACGGAUGCCGA